UUUGGAGGAUACAUACGCUUCACCAUCCGCUUCUUCCAAUUCGUCCUCGCCCUCACCGUCGCAGGACUCUACGGCUACGACUUGAAUAAUGCCAGAAGAGCGCACAUCUACGCAGACCCGAAAUGGACUUAUGCAGUCGUUGUCGCCGCGCUGUCUGCCAUCAGCGUCUUCUUCUUCUUGUUCAAGUUCUCGCUCAGGUUUUUCUGGGAUGCCGUCAUGGUCAUACUAUGGGCCGUUGUUUUUGGCAUCUUCGGGAAAAUGUACAUCAACGACCAUCCCACGCCCCACCAAGGCGGUCAAAUACGCAUGAAGAAUGUAGUCUGGGUUGACCUCGCCAACCUCAUCUUAUGGUUCAUUACCUUUGUCUGGGACUUGAUCUUGCACUUCACGCGUAUGGAUAAAAUGACCUUGCACACGGGAAGAGCU